AUGGCAGCCUUAGAUUUAGCCUUGUUUCAUGUACCAAUUCAAAGAAAAGAAAGAACUUUUAGAAGCAAAGAAGAACUUACCCUAGACUACACUGAUACAGAACUUAGAGCACGCUACAGAUUUGGGAGGGAAGGCAUUUUAUUCUUAUCUGAUCUAGUAAGGGACAGCUUGACACGUCAGACAAACCGGAAUCAUGCCCUCAGUGUAGAACAACAGAUAAUGGUGACGUUGAGAUUUCUUGCCAGUGGAAGUUUCCUCCAGGUCAUAGGUGACACAUUAGGUUUGGACAAAAGCACAGUUUCAAGAGUGGUUGAUUCUGUUUUAGAUGCCCUUUGUGAAAAGAGGAACGAGUUCAUUCAGUGGCCUACUAAUCUUAACCAAACCAAAGCUGAAUUUUACGAGUUUGCUGGGUUUCCAAACAUGACUCUGGUUAUGUAA